AUGUCUAAUGUAAGCGCAUCUGCUAAACGACGUGCACGAGCGAAGAAUACAAAGGAGCGGUUGUUUGCUGGAGCUAACGAUGCUGAGGGAGAUAGGAGCAAGCCUGAAGAUCGCUGUGGUCAGCUCAAGGAGACGCGAAACGUUGAUCAACUAGCUAGAGAAAUUUCCGCCUUGAAGGACAGUAUAGCUGAUCGAAAUAUGCUCCGUGAGAGCUUGGAGAAGGUACAAACUGCUUCGGAGGACUGCGAGCAGAAGAUGCAAAAGCUGAAGGUUCAACUGCAGAGAGCGUCAGAUGACCUUGGAUGUGCGAAGGCUGCUAGAGUUCACGCUGAGAAGGAGUCAAUAUCUUUGAGCAUUCAAGUGCAAGAGAAGACCAGGGAGCUCAAGCGGGUACAAGCUGAGCUUGACGAAGCUCAGAGAGGAAAGGAGCAGCUGCAGCAUGAGGCUGAAAGUACAAUGUCCCAUGCGGGUGUGCGAGAUCAGCACGGUUCCCAUGAUACAAGUCCAUCACCUGCCGUCUAUUUAUGCGUCGGGCGUAAUCCAGAAAAUACACUUCAAUAUUAA